GUAGCAAAGAGGAGGUAUUUUUUGAUUCGCAACCCUGGUUAGAAUCUGAUUGUGAAGAUUUCUUCACCAUCAGUGCUGGUAAGAUUAACUUGAAUUUUUCAUGGAAAGAAAUUCAUUUUUUUCCUGGUUAUCUUCAGAGUAUGGUGUGUUUUGCUGAGGGCCACAACUAAAAUAGGCAUUGCAGUAUGGGAAAAUUUCUUGGUUCUAUUUCAUGCAGAUUCAACACUACCCUAUCAUGGCAAUAUAUACUCCAAUGAACCAAAGCAGUUUCAGAGAAACUCCUUGACUUGAUAGAUCUCUUUCUAUGAACAAAACACCCAAUUCCAUGACUGAACCUUCCCCAUCUGAUAAGAAGAAACUGAUUGAGCUCUUCCAAGAGAGCUUUGACGAUGAUCCAUUUGAAGGCGAUCAAGGCCUACAAGGAAUAGAAAGUUGCAGUAGUGAAAGAACUCCAAAUAGAGGUUACAAACCUGAGAAAGAGAAAUCCGCUCACUCUGCACAGCGUUGCCUUCCCGGUUUGGUUCGGAGUCUGAGCUUUAGUGAUAGGAAGAGGAGGCUCAGCCCUGCCCACAGUAGCUGUAGAAGGUAAGCCAAGCUUUGCUCUGUAUGUGCUUUCAGGUGAAGUUUUGCUUCAAAAUCAGCAUUACUGAAAGAAUUUGGGGUCUCUAAUUCCCUUGUUCAACUUUAUUUAUCCUUCUUUGGGCAGAGUUGUAAAGUGAUCCAUGAACCAGAUGCCUCGUUUCACUGUUUUAUAGGAACGAAAAAUGAUUGAAUUUGUAUUCAUUAGUCUGCCUCCAUGAUGUU